UACGUCUAUGAUUUACCAGCGUACACAGCAGCUCCUUCCAAGAUGGCCGCUGCCCCCGGAGGACGACUCUUUACCAGUAUUUGCACUGCAUAUGUGAGAGGAGUCACAGGAUGUUUGACAACGCCAAGCAUAUCGUUUCAAAUGCGUGGAUAUGCGGCACGGCCAGGAACGCGGGAGAAAGCACGUAAAGCCAAGGCGAAGCUGGAGGUAAAAAAAGCCUCCAACGCCAUUCCUCCUCAUAUGCGAAAGUCAAUUAAAGGACCUCUUCGUAGCAGGCGAAUACCAGACAUGAAUAAAAUGCCAGCAGCAGAUGAUGUCUGGGUGGCCAAAUAUCACUUGAUGCGAUUAUAUUCUUUUAACGAAGCGGUACAGUGCCACAAAGAGACACAUCACCCAACUGUUUUGGAUUCUCUUGACUCAACACUUAUGGCCCAUUUAGAGCUUAACAUGAAGGCUACAAAAAAGAAUAAAUUCAUUGAAAAGUUUAACGGCACCAUCGGUAUGCCAUAUCCAUUUCAACAGGAAGAGGACAGAACUGUACUUGCUUUAUGCAAGGGGGAUGCUAUUCAACAAGAGGCUACUAAAGCUGGAGCUACAUUAGUUGGUGGGGGUGAAAUAAUUAAACAGAUUCUGGCUGGAACCAUUUCUUUGAAAGAUUACACCAUGCUGGUUGCCCAUCCAAAUAUUCUCCCUGAGCUAACGGCUCUAAGAGGUUUACUAAAAAAAAGGUUUCCAAAUGUAAAGGAUGGCAAUCUGAAUCCAGACAUUGCAGUUGCUGUGCAUAAAUUCAAACAAGGAAUAAUGUACAGUGCAGUGAAAGACGACCUAGAAUUGGACUUCGGAACGAUAGAUACCCCCAUUGGAACACUGGAAAUGGAUACGAAGCAUCUGGAAGAGAACUUUUCGGCGCUUGUGAAUGACAUCGAAACCAGGAACCCCGCACCCGCUCACUCUUUAAUUACAAAAGCUUUUCUCAUCUGUCCACCAUAUCCGGAAAGAUUUAAAGUAGACUUUGGACAAUACAUCAUCAAGUCAACUGUCGAUAACACCGCUGAAGAAUCUGAUGACGAGGAGUCCAAUACCGCAACUGCAUCGAAUUAAUAAUUUAACCGAGGGCUUUCGUUUGUAGAUAAAGA